GUGGAACUCGGCCCCCAACCGUUCCGAACACGCUUCAACCUCCUGUUGGACUAUUGCAUAAGCCUUUGCCCGUUUGCCAGCUCGAUAAAUGCCGUCUGGUCCACUGAAACCACGUCGGAGGUCUGGGUGCGCCCAGUGCAAAGCCAAACAUGUCCGGUGUACCGAGGAGGUGCCUAUAUGCCGUUUUUGUGAAUUACAUGGUUGGCCAUGUGACCGCGGACUGAAGCUGGUGUUUCAGGAUGAGGCCGUUCAGACCGGAGUUGGCUUCGGCCGCCACGGGACAUCGACAAGCGAACCACAACUCUGGAAAGAAGGGUCCGAGUUCGAGAGCGUACCACUAGACGCGUAUAUCGGACGGUGGAUAUUCCUCACUACCCUCAGCAGUAACUUUACUUUUGUCGCUGGCGACAUCGGCGGACAAUCAGCAAAAGACAAAGACUCUGAUGGGCUAUUAGAACACGAGGAAUUAGAUGCAAGUGAUAACCUACCGAUGGAUCCGUGCCUGGGUCAUCCGCUUGCAGCAUACUCGGACUUGGAGAGCUACCUGCUCGAAUACUUCAUCCAGGGCAUCGGACCUAACUGCUCACUCAUUACGAUAGACAACCCAUACAUUCAACUUAUCACACCACUGGCCUUUUCCCACACCACGCUCCGGUAUGCUGUGAUAUCCGUGGCAGCCAAUCAGCUCCGUCUGCUUGGCGACAAUCGGUUCUCCAACGAGGCGCUAGCCUACAAAAACGAAGCCUUGAAAGGCCUACAGCAGGCAAUUUCCCUUGGAAGUCUAGAUGAUGGCGCAAUCGCUACAGUUCUCAUGCUGUGCUUUCAUGCUAUCUCACAUGAAUCCGACCCAUCCUGGGUAACGCAUCUCCAGGGAGGACUUGACCUCAUUAACCACGUACCCUAUAACGCCAUGUCAAGCCCUUCUUUGCGUAGAUUUUUCACAAUGUAUUUUGUAGCUCAUGCCAUCAUGAGUCGAACGGCAUCACCGGGAAAAAGGCGUGGUAAAUCCAAGUACAGCUGGUCAGAAGAUGAUGAUCUUGACGAGAUCGACACAAUAAUGGGCUGCUCACGACGACUGCUGGGGCUCAUUAAUGAGAUAUCUGACUUACCGAUCGCUGGUAAAGAUGCAGGUACAACCCCAUCCGAUAAUGGCACGGGCAAAAGGCCAAUCGAUACCACUAUUGCAAAAGCGAGCAAAAUUGCCUGCUCCCUAUCCACCAUCACCCAAGCCCUCCCACCCCACUCCCAGGACAGAGAUGACCUCAGCCAAAUCGCCGAGACUAAACGCCUCGCGGCACUGAUAUACCUCAUUGGACGAGUGAGCAAUGCCAACAUCAUCAUCGACGAAGGAACAAACAAGGUCGCUCUCAUCAACAUGUUGGUAAACAUCAUUUCCACCCUCCCGGAUUCUGCAACCCUGCUCUGGCCAUUAUACAUCCUCGGGCACGCAGGUCUGGAAGAUGAGGAUCAGCGCCGCUUUGUCCUCGAUAGACUGGAGAGGAUGCAACGGGUUCGAAAUCUGGGUAGUAUCCGGCGUGCCCGGGUAGCCGUCAAACACGCCUUCCAGGUCUUCGACAUGAGGUUGUCUGCCGCGCGCGCAACGAAUGCCGAUGCAUUUAGCUCCAUCAGUCUUGCGUAAAUUUCAACCUCAUCCUGUUUCCUUCAGCAUUUACGCUCAUCUCUUCCCCAUAUCCACUUUGUCAGUUUUGUUACCAUUAAAUGUCACCCUUUCUGAAGAACCAACCCACCCCGAACCCACACUUUCCUGAUUCGCCAUCCCCUUUCAUAUUCUUUAACCUGCGUAGAAUAUACAGCUAGCG